CGACUUACAGAAGACGAAGGUCUAUUAUUAUUCACUCUAUGAGCAGAUGCUCUGAGCAAAUUUUUUUCCUCAACAGUUUGUUUAGUUUUUUAUUUUUCGCUUAUUAUUUUUUGCGUCAACUGACAAAAGGCAAACGCACAGUUCGAUGAGCAGGCCUAACGGACAAAUUUGGCGUUACUGGAGUUUCUUCAGCAGGCAGUGUUUGUGAGUUGUUGAAUCCUGCUGACCUAUUUGCCUGCAAAUCAAAUUCGGAUCCCCCAGUGCAUUUUUAUUAUAAGGAAGGAGAAUAAAAAUGCAUAAUGAAAUCCUAUCGAGGGAAUAUACCACUUUUGUUGUAAAUGAUUUGUACAUCACGGACAUCACGCUGUCGCAAGACAUCGGAAUUAGCCAUGUUUAUUUAGGAGUUCAAUUCGCCACUAUGUGGUCAUGCUCAGAAAGCGAAACAAUUACAUAAUCUUGGUCGUGUGACUAUGCCCUCCUUGUCUUGGUGCUGUAUGAAACCUUGAUAUCAGGCAGUAUAGUGAGCAUCGUUGGGGAUUAUGGAGUGAUCUACAUUGGUGUCCAUGGUCUGGAGUAUUAAGGAGAGUUAUUGACAUUGAAGAAAAUUCUAUCAGAGAGAUAGACACCUACUUUAAACAGGUUGUAAAUUACGGGCAUCAGAUUGAUAACAACUACAAUCUAGACAGAACCCACAAGGCUUGACAGCAAUGGAGAGAGGGGGUAUGCUAGCAAUUGUUGCUCCAGAUACAUGACAAUGUGUUGAAAAUACUGAAGAUACUAGCUGAACUCUAAUGAUAACUGCAGAAUAUUUUUGGCAAGUUCAAUCAUACAUGGACACUUGGUUCUAACAACAAUGCAAGGCAAGGAUUUUAUCAUGAGUGUAAUUUUGGUGGAGUAGUUGCACCUGAGCUUGGUUUGGACCCUAAUGCCAAGUCUGAAAUAUGUCACAAGUUCAAUCCUCAGGUAUGGGGGCAAAGGUACAGUGUGAAAAUUACUUCCAAGUAGUUUUCCCAAAUACAAAUGCUGGGCUAGAUGCAGGAGUAAACAGAAGUCUUAUAGAGGCUUGGCCAGACUGUGCUGGGGAGGAAACAUUGAAAGAGAAGCAAUUUUACAGUACCCUCAAGCAAGGGACAAUGGCACAAUGUUCAGAAAAUGAUUUUGAGAUAUUGAAGCAUACAAUGCUUAAGCAUGAAGAGGUAUUUAGGGAUCAGGUACAUGAACUUCAUCGUCUAUAUCAAGUUCAAAAGCUAUUAAUGGCUGAGCUUAAGAAGAAAGAUUCCAACACAUCAACUUUGACUUGUGAACCAGUGCAAGACGGACCAUUUCCAAUGCAGGUUGGAUCAGAACCUCUGGAAUCAGAGGAAAAGAGUAGUUUUUGGGGUGCCCUUGGCAGUUCAAUGACAGACAAAGAUGGCAGAGAUUGUAGACAAAAUAUUUCAGGUGUAGACUAUAUGCAAAAUCACAGAUCUAGUUUGUUUGAGAAGAAUCUGCAACUGGGAUUGAUCCCACAGGGGGGCAACAGGACUUCAAGAGACAUUCACAAUCUGCAGCCUAGCAGGGCUAGAAAGUGGACUUUUGAUCUCGAACAACCUGCUGAUGAAUACAUGGAUGAUGAAGUGGCCAACAAAAAUGAGGAAGCAAAAACAUUGAAAAGAGAAGUUAAAGAUGUUAUACUAGAACCUGGUUCACUAAAUUACCAAUCCACUACAGAGCCUGAAACUGAGGUUCAGUUGACUCUCAAAACUGGAUGUGAACAGGGAGGAAGAAAAAAUGGCAGGCAGAAUGGGGCAUUCAUAAAACUGGGCAUUCCAGAGAUUAGUAAGGACAAGCUGGAGGAGCAUAAACAACUAAGACGGCCUGAGGAAGCACUCUUUUUCCCUGCAACCUCUUCAAGGUCUGAUGCUCUUAGCCAAGAAGCUGUUGGCAGAAAAAUGCCAGUUCUAUCAAACCAGUGUUUUUCAAGAGGGCCUUUUAACUUUGAUCAGGAAUAUAAAAUAAAUGCAGAGUGGCCAUCAGUUUCUAGAACUAUGAGUUUCCAAGAGCAAAGAGAGAGUAGGUAUCCUUGGCCAAAAGAAGGAAUCUAUCCUGGCACAGUUCCACAACAGCUGAAUUCUUUCUUCUCCUUGGCAUCCGCAAAAGGAUUAGAUAUUGAUCCCUCUCCAACUUCAAAGGAAGGAUCUCUUCUUUGUGUUUCUCCGAAAGUCAUUACCAACUCUCAAAAAGAAUUGCAUUCAACUAGACCUUGGAGACAAGCUUGCAUCCCACCAGAGACAGACUCACAGAAGCAGAAUUUUGAUUUACAGGAUAAAUAUCUUGCACAGCCAUAUGUUAACUCUGCCAGUAAUGUAGUGAAUGUUAAACAAAAAACUUCUGAGCCUGGCAUGGGGACUUGGUAUCAGAAUGGUAACCCAGUGCAACAUACACAUCAGCAAUCACAAUCCACUUACAAUGCUGGAAAUCCAUCAAUUUUUGGGCAGUCUUUGUGCCAGACGAGCCCCACUAUUGGAUUUAAGACUAGUCAGCAACAAGGAGCUGUCCUUGCAUUUUCUGCUUCUGCUCCUAGUUCAUUGGCCUUUCCAUUGCAUAGCUUGCAGGAAUGCUCGAGGUCAGUCUGGGCUACAGACUUUGUUGGAUUAUCACCAGCUCAAGGUUUGGAAGGUCUACUUGAUGUUGAUGGUAAGAGGGGAAAAGAAGUAGAUCUAACACUUGGACUUUCAAGUGGGACAAUGGAGGACUCCAGGAAGGAUUUGCAUUAUUGUAAUGCCACAAAUAAAACAGAAGUAGCCUUUAUUAACAAUAAUGGACAAUUUGAAAUAACUAACAGACACAUACAUCGAGACUCUAUGCAUCUAAAUGGAGAGGUUCAAAGGGGUCAAUGCUUUGCAAGAAACUUUAUAGAGUUGCCAUAUACAGAGAUGUCUAGUGAUAAACAUUUGUCAGAAGAAAAUGGGUUGGAGUUUUCAGAGCUUCUUAAAUCUUCAUCUCAAGGAUUGUUGUGCAGGACAGGGCGUGGCAUGGUUUCAACAAAGCAGUUGGCAGAUAAUCUUGGGGAAGGAGGUGUUUCACCCAGUAAAAAGAGAAUUUCUUUGGUUUCUGACUUACUGAAGGAUCAUGACAUUACAAAUGGAGAUAAAGGCUUAAAGUCUGAUGUUCUACAUGUGACCGAAAAAGGGAUGCACAAGUCCAAAAAUAUUUUUGAUUUUAUUGACACAACAAUGAAUAAUUCUACUGCUGUUUUGGGAACAUUUGGGAACAGCCUAGAUUUUAGAACAGGUAAAAAUCAUUCAGAUAAACACUGGAUUGUUCCAACAGACCCCCCCAAGCAUGAGAUGAAAAUAGAGACAUUUAAAGAAAAUAUCAAUGCUGUGUAUGGAUCGUGCAGGGGAGAAGAAUUAAGUGCCAAUAACAGCAAGCAAACAUUUAUCACAGAAAAUAAGUUUAUGCCCUCAACAAAUAAAAAUGUUGGUGAAAAGUUGUGGGAGGGAACUUCUCUUACCUUAGAAUUUAGGGUUAAAGGCAAUGGUGUGGAAGGCUCCAGGCAAUUGGAGAUGGAAGAUAGAUUUGCUUUAAAUAAUUGUAGUAAAGCUAGAAGAGUAUCUACUUCUGGGAAAACAGUUCCUCUGACACAAGAUGUUUCUACUGGAAAAUUUGAUAAAGAUGGAGAAAAAAUUAUUAAGUUUUCUCCACAGUUUACCAUUUCUGACAUAAAUGAUGGUUUUGAGGUUACAAGGGAGGGUUCUUCCUGCACAAACAAUGCAUUGCUCUUUGACAGAGAGAAAGAAAAUGACUCGGAAGAAACUUUCUGUUGCACAACCAAAAAAAUUGUCAUGACAAAGGAUGAUACCAAGAAGGAUGUGCAGUCCAAGGAAAUUGACUAUGCUGAGACUUCAUCUGGAAUUCACAAGGCUAAUGCACAGCUACCUCGGCAUGACAGAGAUUUAGAAAAUUGCAGCCGAUAUACUGAUGUGCAAAGAAGCAGUGAAUCUAAUUUUGAGUCAGAAGUGGAUACUUUUCAAAUAAAUGCCACAAAUGGUCUCUCCUCCAGUUGCUCUAUUUUAGAAAAUAAAAGGAUAGGAAAGAGUGCAUCAAGGGACUCUUCGAUCAAUAUGGAUGCAGCAAAUUGUCUUUUGAAAAUUUCAUCAGAGAAAAGCUCAGACAGGUUGGGUCUGGAUUCUCUUGAAUUUAUUUUAGCAUCAGGUGUGAAAAGCUCAUUAGAUUGGUUUGCAGACACAGUUGUCUCAAAUGCAGACAUCUCGGUGUCUACUAGUGUAGGGCAUCAAGAGGAAGCAGAUAAUCCAGUAUCAUCGUCAAGAAGUGGUAGUAAAGCAAAACGGUCUGAGAUUUCUGAAGUUUCAGUCCCUAAAGAAAAUGAUUGUAGCCCUCAUGCCUCCAAUGCUCUUGACUUUUUUGAGUCCAUGACUUUGAUGCUUGAGGAAUGUAAUGUGGAUCUGGAUUUCAAGGUUUAUGUAUCACAGGAAAAAGAAUCUGAAAAGCCAUCUUCUCCAAUGAAUUCUAUGUUAAAGCCACCUAAAAGGGGAAAGCGUAGAAGAGAUUUCCAGAGAGAGAUCCUUCCAAGUAUUUCAUCUCUUUCCAGGCAGGAAAUUACAGAAGAUAUGCAAAUCAUUGGAGGGCUGAUAAGGUCAACAGGUGAUGCUUGGCAUACUGGAUCUACAAGAAGAGGUUCAGGAAAAUUUUCCAUGACAGAUGACUGGUUUUUACCAUUGACAGGACGUCGUUCCAGAAACACGAGUGGCUUCCGGGCAAAUGGUGGAAAUAUGAAAAGAAAUAAUGAUUGCCAGACAACCAGGCCCUGUGAUCAGGAAGUUGAAAGGCUUAAUACACUUUCUUGGACUAGUUCUUGGGGUGAUACAAUACGGCGUAGGCGAAUGCAACGUCCUCGUGUUUCAUUGCCUUCACUUGCUUUGAAUCCUGUUUAAAUAGUUGGCAUUUUAUAGCCUUUCAGUACAUGAAAGGAAUUUUCUGGUAUUGCUCUCCUUUGGAGAACUUGUAUUAUUAACCCCCUUACACAUGUUGAAUUGGAAGGCCCAUUUUGUGGUUUUCCGUAUAAUGAAAAAGCAUGGAUUGUAGAGUUUGCCACUAGACAAGCAAAUAACUGACAUGAUUCUGUGUGAAACAGUCAUUUGCACGAUAUUUGUAGGAAACAGAUUUCGCUGGUCAAUGAACUUUAUUUCCUCCAGUACCCUUCUCGGGCAUUACUAAUUAUAACUUAUGUAUUCAAUCUGUAAAUGAUGUUAGUAUUCCGGUCUGUGGGUUAUUAAUGUGUA